GCCCUUUAUAACUCUCUCUCUCUCUUUCCAUCCCGAAAUGACCUGGGGGUGAUGAUGUUUUAGGAGCGGAGCAACUGGUGCGGCCAGAGAAAAGGGCAAUUAAUAAUUCCGUUUCUAUACCUCAUCAAUUUGCUAGCUGUUAUUUUAUUUUUUGUGCUCUACCAUCUUCAUCUUUAUCUUAGCAUAUUUUGAUCUCUGUUUGCCUGCGGACCACUCCGAUCGACUACACAUCGUCCGCAUCCUUGACAUCGGCGGUCCAAGUAUAUAAAAAUCGGAAUUGCUUGAGGUCUACCGAGUGGACUUGAAUACGCCAGACAGAUUGGCGAUCCGGAUUCACCUCAUUCAUACAUUCUUUAUCAGCGAAAACAUCGAUCCGUUCGCCUUACAAACCAAUCGAUUAUAUCUUUACAUAAACCCAAAACCAAAAAAAAAGGAAACGCAGUGCAUCAAAGAUUACAUCUUAACAAGACGGAGGAAGAAAGUGAUUAUUUUGUGUUACUAAUUACAUAAUCCAAUAUGAUGAUGCUCCAGACCAUCGCGUUGAUAUGCGGAUGCAUCACCAUGGCAACCGGUUGUUCCAAAACAAUGAUAAAUGGACACGGUGUGACAAACGGCGACAAGAACAUGAUUCUCGACUACCACAACAGGAUGAGACAGUCAGUCGCAAUGGGUCAGAUCUCGGGUCAGCCGACUGCCGCAAACAUGAUGGAAAUGAAAUGGGAUGAUGAACUGGCUCAGAGGGCGCAGAAAUGGACGACAUCGUGCUUGGCGGAGACCCACGACGGUGCAAGACACAGUUCAAGAUUUCCGGUGGGACAGAACAUCGCGACCAUGUGGACCACCGCCCGGCCCCGCACUGCAUUAGACAUGAUGGCCAAUUUCGAUUACGCCAUCGGCCGAUGGUUCGACGAGUAUAAAUAUUACAGCUACGGCCCCAUCAAUCCUUAUUCACACUCCACCGCCCAUUACACCCAGAUGAUCUGGGCUGAAACUAAUCUGAUCGGAUGCGGUUUCGCGUUUUACUUUGACGCUGCCAAAGGAUUCACGAAGAACUACGUCUGCAAUUACGGAUCCAGCGGAAACGUGGUUGGACAGUUGCCGUACGCCAAGGGACGUCCGUCGUGUGAAAGAUUCAAUUUGGUGCCGUCCAGGAAGUAUACAGGACUCUGCGACAAAUCGAAUCGCUACUUCUACGACCUGCAGACCAACUACAUCGGCUGAAGGACGACCCCGGCCGCCUCCAAUCUAAAUCCGCGCAAUUAUUUAUUGA